CUCUCUAAUAGUAGUGUGUAUAUGAAUAUACAUCACAGUUAAGUGCAGGGAUAAACGGAGCAUUUUCAAGAUACAAAAUUAUAUAAAUUCAUCUAGCUGUGAUAAGCAUUUUAUAGUAAAAUGAGCCAAAAUCCUAUUUCGCGCUUGCAAGAGACUUUGAUAAAAUUAAAUAUAGAACCAAAGUAUGAAAUGAUUGAAGAAAUGCGGGGAACUCAAGGAAAUAAGUUCACAGUAAUAUUGCAGUGUGGGAGUAAGUGGCCAUCUGUAACAAAAACGGGAUUUAGCAAAAAGGACGCUAAAUAUAAAGCUGCUGAAAGCAUGCUACAGUUAAUUAUGCCACAUUGCAGUACCUUUAAUGUAAGUGCCAAAGAUAUUUCAAAAGAUGAUGAGGAUUCCCGUGAAAAUUGGAUUGGUAAAUUAAAGGAAAAAACUGAUAAAGUGGGAAAAAUCGAGCCCUAUUAUGAUUGUCACGCAGUAGGAUCAGCUCAUAAUCCAACAUUUACAGUGACUUGUAGCUAUAACAAUUCAACAGUAGAUGCUACAGGUCGAACAAAGAAAAUAGCAAAAAACUUGGCAGCAAAAUGUAUGUACCAAAAAAUAAUGGGGAAAUACAGUUUCAAUUUUUCAGACAAAGAUAAUGCCGAGUCAGAAGUUGGUAUGUACACAAAAAUAAUACUAUCCGAAAUGGAUAAAAUUCAGAUUGAGGAAAGUGAUAUGUUAUUUAACUACAGUGUAGAAAAAGCUAAGGGUCUUUACUCACAUCUCAGUCUGAAAAAUUUCAGAAAGAGUGCUCCUGAACUAAAUGAAAUAGAUUUCUUAAAAUAUUAUAUGUACCUAAAAAGUGAUAUAGAAUCUAAGGGAGUCGCGAAUAAAUUUAUGAGACUAAAAGAAAUAAUGCUAUGCUGCAAAAGUGUUUGUAACUCCAAGAACGAAAUUGAUUGUUUGAAUCAGGAAAGACCGAUGGAACUCUUUCGAGAACUGCUUAAUGAUCUUUGCAUAAGUUUUGUAACAAAUUAUCAUCAGCAAAAAAACAAUUACAUCUUUUGGAUUACAUUAGAUACAUCACCAGUUACAGUAGAGAUAGGCUUAGGAAAAAAUGUAAAAGUAGCUGAAAUCUUAGCUAUUUUUCAAGUAUGUAUGACUGUUUCAAUUUUAUUAAAAUAGAUUUAUAUAUUAUAAAUAACCAAUGAUUCAAACUUAUAAAAUGUUAUGCAGGUUGCAAUUGUAAGGCUCAUUUGCUGUGAGUGCAAGUGCCUGUGAUAUA